UCAAUCUGCCAUUACUUUCCUGCUGCAUACGUUACCGCCAGCUUCUCUGUGAUCGCUGUCCUGGAUUUUUGUUGUUUUGAGUGAUCAGCAAAAGUACCAAAGAUAGUUUCUUGAGGGUAUUUAGUACCGACAGAAAUGGCGAAGUUCGUGAGAUCAUCAAAAUUUCGGCAUGUGUUCGGCACAGCAGCGAAAAAAGACAAGUGCUACGAAGGAUUUCAAGUUUCAGGAAAUUCCGUCGAUUCGGCAUACUGUGCGGUUAACCCUAAGUUUCUUGCCAUCAUUUUAAAGGCUGCUGGUGGUGGUGCCUUCCUUGUACUGCGACAUGACGAGGUGGGGCGCUUGGAUCCUGAACAUGGCCGAGUGGCGGGCCAUACACAAGAUGUGUUGGAUGUUGCCUGGAAUCCUUUUGAUGACAACAUGGUUGCUUCAUCAUCAGAAGAUACCACUGUUAAAAUCUGGCAAAUUGAGGAUGAGGGCCUUGGCAAAGUAGAUAAGUGCGAACCCUUAUUAAGCCUGGAAGGAUUUUCUCAUCAAAGGAAAGUGCAUCAGAUCCUGUGGCAUCCUGUGGCAUCCAAUGUCCUACUUAGUGCCAGCUUUGACCCCAAGAUUGUUAUCUGGAACUUGGAUAGUGGAGAAGCUGCCAUAGAAAUUGACUGUCACCCAGAUCUAAUUCAAUCUGUCUCAUGGAACAGCAAUGGGAGCAGAAUUGUCACCUCUUGUAAGGACAAGAAGAUAAGAAUCAUUGAUGUGCGAAAAAAUGAAGUUGUUUGUGAACAAGCAGGCCAUGAGGGAGCCAAGCCUCAGAGAGUGGCAUUUUGCAGUGAAUUGAAUUACAUUUUCUCUGUUGGAUUUUCAAAGAUGAGUGCAAGGCAGUAUGCAGUUUGGAAAGCGGAUACUCUGGAAAAUCUGGCCUUAGAGGAAAUUGACCAGUCCAAUUCUGUGCCAUUUAUACAUUAUGACCCUGACACAUUGAUGAUUUAUUUGGCUGGCAAGGGAGACAGCAUCAUCAGGUACUAUGAACUGGACAAGGAACAUCCACACUGCCAUUGGUUGACCAAUUACAGCUCCAAUGUACCUCAGCGAGGUGUCUGCUACAUGCCAAAACGUGGUUGUGAUGUCACUUCCAAUGAAGUUGCGAAGUGCUUCAAGCUUGUUGCUAAAGGAUAUUGUGAACCAGUCAGUUUUACAGUUCCAAGGAAGUCAGAACUUUUUCAACGGGACCUGUUUCCAGACACACAAGGCGAUGAGCCGUCUCUUUUAGCUUCAGAUUGGUUUGAAGGACAAGAUGCGGAACCCAAAAAGGUUUCCUUGAAUCCAGGAGAUGGUGGAGGUGCAAAGGGUGCUAACAAACCCAAAAAGGGUUUGAGGGGGCUUGGUAAGAUGGCCCCAAAGAAAAAAGAAGCAAAAGCUGAUGAUGAUGAAGUAGAGUUGGUUGAGACAGUCAAGCAGCUUAAACUCAAGGUGGAGGAGCAAGAGAAGCGAAUCAAAGCUCUGGAGGACAAAGUUGGAGUGUGAAAGUUGGUUUUAAAACUUCAACUUUAAAAAUAAAGUUUUCAAGUUCUUAAAGUCUAAAAUUUUUCCAGUGAUGCAGUGAAGCAGCUUGGUUGUUCAGUUUGUAAACAUGAGAACUGUAUUUUUCCAUGGCAAAGAAUUUUUAUUAAAAAUUGUAAUUGAUAUUGAAAA